AUGUCCAGUGACAAGAAGCGAUCUUAUGAAGCGAGUUUUCCACAACAGCAGCAGCAGGAAGAAGACGAGGACAAGAAGCAGCUGGAAGACCUCUCUCGCUUCCCACCCAAGUUUGAAGAGCUUGCUGAAGCAUAUCCAUCAUUCAGGCAGUUUGUAAGAUAUGAUAGGAAGGGCAGGCCAUGCAUUGAAUUCAAGGACCCUGCAGCUGUACGGAUGUUGAAUUGGUGCUUGCUUAAACAUCAUUUCUCUUUGGAUGUGACAUUCCCGCAUGAUCGACUUUGUCCACCAGUACCCGGCCGACUUGCUUACAUUCGUUGGAUCGAAGACAUCUUGAAAGAAACCAUGCCGCCUUCAUCUGAGCCAGUUCAUGGGAUUGAUAUUGGUGUUGGUGCGUCUUGUAUUUAUCCUCUUUUGGGGUGUGCUCGCAAUCCAAAAUGGCAUUUCCUAGGAACAGAAAUCGAUGAAGCAUCCAUGAACUAUGCAAAAGAGAACGUGGAAUGGAACCAAUUACAAGAUCGUAUCAGCCUUCGCCUUAAUAAGGACCCAAGUCGCAUAUUCAUGCUUGAAGAUACAAGGAAAUACGCGUUUUGCAUGUGCAAUCCUCCUUUCUACGAGUCCAAAGAAGAGGUAGAUGAAGGCUUGGAAAACAAGGAAUUGGAGCCAUCCUCGAUCUGCACAGGUUCAACAAACGAAAUGAUCACACCAGGUGGUGAACUACAAUUUAUUGGUCAAAUCAUCAAUGAAAGUCUCGAGUACAAGGAUCAAAUCAUGUGGUAUACCAGUCUUAUUGGAUUAAAAAAGACAAUCAAACCAAUCACUCAAAAGCUCAAAGCGAACAAUAUCACAAACUAUGUUGUCACGAGUUUUUGUCAAGGCAAAACGACACGUUGGGCAAUUGCUUGGUCCUUUGGAUCUGUCAGGAUCAAUGAUGCACAAUCCAUCGAUGAAUACCAUCCCAAGUCGCAAUUUACACUGCAAGUUGCAAAGUCAGCUGACUAUGUACGACAACAAGUGGAGUUCAUUCUCUCGGAUCUCAGGAUAACAUUCCAAGACCAGCCUAUUCGAGGUGCACCACGAGCAAAUACUUGGUCACGAGCUGCAAGACGUCAAUUGAAAAAGAAGCAAAAGAUUCAAGAGGAGGAUACCCCGUUAUUCUUUUUUCAAAUGGAGAUUGAAGAGGGCACCAAGGACGAUGGCUGCCAUCUCACGUGCAAGUGGACAAAAGGAGAAAAUCGUGAUGCCUUUGAAAGUUUCUGGAACCAUGUCAAGAAAAGAGUAGAAGAAGCAUGUGAUAUAUCACGAGGAAGCAGUUAUAAUGGUUGA